UUUCCUUCCUCCCUCCCUCCGUCCCUCCCCGUGUCUCCCAGCUCUCCGCCCCGUCGGUCUCUGGUUUCUGGUCUCUGGCUCUCAGUCCGUCACGCGCUAGUUACCGGAUUUACCGGAUCUGGAAGUGAAGCUGCAGGUCUGCAGACCCGCGCGGAGCGUCUUUCCUGCUCUUGGACAGCUGAGCUCAGGGAUCCUUGCUGCUCGCGGUGGGUAUUGAGGACCGCGCACGCGCUCUUUGGGCUGGUAAACGAGCUGCGAGGCGCGAGGUGGACGUGUCGGAGCUCUGACAGGUGAAAACUGAAACUUUCUGCGGCUCUUGAACCAGACCUGACCACUUUUCUGGGUUUCACCGGCGGCUGGCACGAGACGGAACCGCGCACGCCGCCUCUGCUGGACAUGGCCGCAUUCACCACGGCGCAGACAUCCGCUGAGGAAUAAAAAACUCAUCUCGGGUGACGUGGAUGAGCUGCUGAGCAGAGAUGGCCUGUUGGAGGGGGGCUAGCGGUCUGCUGCUGCUCCUGGUUCUGUUGGACCUGCAGGCAUCGGUGGGGCGAGAGGUAUGGCACCGCAGCCUGAGACAUCAUGCUCACGGUCACCGCGAGCGCCCGCCGCUGGCAAACAUCACACUGGCGGUCAUCCUGCCUCAGAGCAACACAGACUACCCGUGGGCGUGGCCUCGAAUUGGCCCCGCCCUAGAGCGGGCUGUCAGGACCAUCAACGCCGACCCCAACCUGCUCCCCAACCACCACCUCACCUAUGCCUUCAAGAACAGCGAGAACCAGGACGGGAUAUGCUCUGAGUCGGUGGCUCCGCUCAUGGCGGUGGACCUGAAGUUCGCCCACGACCCGUGGGCCUUCAUUGGGCCGGGCUGCUCCUACACCUCCUCCCCUGUGGGCCUCUUCACCACCCACUGGAACAUCCCCAUGAUCACAGCAGGUGCUCCGGCGGUGGCGUUCUAUGGUGAGGUCUACCCGUCCAUCACCAACACUGGUCCCACCCACAAGAAGCUGGGGAGGUUCGCCCUACGGAUCUGCGAGCGCUUUGGGUGGCGAGAACACGUGACGCUGAUGUUCAGCGACAACAAGGUGGAUGACCGGCCGUGCUACUUUGCAAUGGAGGGACUGUACACAGAGCUGAAGAGCAUCAACAUCACCACCGUCGACAGUGUGUUUGAGGAAAACAAGCUGCCCAUCAACUACUCGCAGAUCCUGUCCGACAUUCAGAGCAGUGGCAGAGUGAUGUUUGUCUGCUGCUCUCCGGACGUCUUCAGGAAGGUGAUGAUCCAGUUCUGGAGGGCCAACCUUCCUCACCAGGAGUACGUGUUUUUAUACAUUGACCUGUUCGCCGACAGUCUGAACUCCAAACCCCAGCAGCCAUGGGCGCGCGGCGAUGAGGAUGACGCCGUUGCCAAGAAGGCCUUCCAGAGUGUGAAGAUCCUGACGUACCGAGAGCCUCAGAAUCCAGAGUAUCCUCAGUUUGUCAGGAACCUGAAGAAAGACGCGCUGGAGAUGUUCAACUACAGCAUAGAGGACUCUCUGAUGAACAUCAUUGCUGGAAGCUUCUACGACGGCCUCAUCCUCUACUCUCACGCUCUGAAUGAGACCAUGUUGGUGUCCGGAAAACGGCCGGGAGGAGGAGAAGUCACCCGCAGGAUGUGGAAUCGAAUCUUCCACGGUGUCACAGGACUGGUCCACCUGGACGAGAGCGGGGACCGAGAGACGGACUUCGCUUUGUGGGACCUGAUCGACUCCAACAGCACCACCUUCCAGAUCGCUCUGGUCUACAACAGCUCUGAGGAACAGCUGACCGAAGUUCCUGGAACAACGCUGUACUGGCUGAGCGGAGCUCCACCUCCCGACGUUCCUGUCUGCGGAUUUAAGAAUGAAAACCCCGUCUGUCUCACAAAGACCAUCACCAUCCACCAGAUGGUCUCCAUCGUCGUUUUCUUCAUCCUUACCAUGACCCUGACCGUCACCGUCUUUAUCUACAGGAGGAUGAAGCUGGAGAAGGAACUGGUGGCCCAGCUGUGGAGGAUUUCCUGGGAAGAUGUCCAGAUGAGCAACCUGGACAAGGUUCUGCGGAGCGGGAGCAGGAUCACACUGUCGCUGAGAGGAUCGAAUUAUGGUUCCCUGAUGACUGGAGACGGAAACCUGCAGGUGUUUGCAAAGACCGGAUACUACAAGGGAAACAUUGUGGCCAUCAAAUACACCAAUAGGAAACGCAUCGAGCUGAACAGGGAUGUCCUGUUUGAACUCAAACAUAUGCGAGAUGUUCAGAACGAACACUUGACCAGGUUCAUCGGCGCGUGUAUCGACCCCCCCAAUAUCUGCAUCAUCACAGAGUACUGUCCCCGAGGGAGUCUGCAGGACAUCCUGGAGAACGACAGCAUUACUCUGGAGUGGAUGUUCAAAUAUUCUCUCAUUAACGACAUAAUUAAGGGCAUGGUUUUCCUCCACAACAGUGUCAUGUUGUCUCACGGGAAGCUGAAGUCUUCAAACUGCGUCGUGGAUAACCGCUUCGUCCUGAAGAUCACCGACUACGGAUUGUCCAGCUUCCGAUCGGAGAGAGACUCUGGAAUCGACGCUCACUCCUACUACGCCCAGAGACUGUGGAUGGCUCCAGAGCUGCUCCGGAUGGAGUCUCCUCCUCCUCAGGGGACCCAGAAAGGAGACGUGUACAGCUUCAGCAUCAUCCUCCAGGAGGUGGCGCUGCGACGAGGAGCCUUCUACCUGGAGGGAGACCCGUUCAGUCCUAAAGAGAUCGUGGACCGGGUGAUUCUGGGCGAGUGGCCCUGCCUGAGGCCCACCAUCGACCCACAGAACCACACCCCGGAGCUGGGUCAGCUGAUGCAGCGCUGCUGGGCCGAGGAGCCCACGGAGAGACCCGACUUCAACCACAUCCGGUUGCUGCUGCGCAAGCAGAACAAGGAGUCCAGGACCAACAUUUUGGACAACCUGCUGUCCCGUAUGGAGCAGUAUGCCAACAACCUGGAGGAGCUGGUGGAGGAACGAACACAAGCUUAUCACGAGGAGAAACGCAAGGCCGAGACCCUGCUGUACCAGAUACUACCACACCCAGUGGCGGAGCAGCUGAAGCGUGGUGAGACAGUUGAAGCCGAAGCCUUCGACUCAGUCACCAUUUACUUCAGCGACAUCGUAGGAUUCACGGCCCUGUCUGCAGAGAGCACCCCGAUGGAGGUGGUGGCUCUGCUGAAUGACCUGUACACCUGCUUUGACGCCAUCAUCGACAACUUUGAUGUGUACAAGGUGGAGACCAUCGGUGACGCCUACAUGGUGGUGUCCGGGCUGCCGGUAAGGAACGGGAAGCUGCAUGGCAGGGAGAUCGCCCGCAUGGCGCUGGCUCUGCUGGACGCCGUCCGGACCUUCAAGAUCCGCCACCGACCGGAGCAGCAGCUGAAGCUGAGGAUCGGAAUCCACAGCGGUCCAGUGUGUGCAGGAGUUGUGGGUCUGAAGAUGCCACGCUACUGUCUGUUCGGUGAUACGGUCAACACGUCGUCACGUAUGGAGUCCACUGGAGAAGCUCUGAAGGUCCACGUGUCGGCAGCGACUCGUGACGUCCUGAUGGAGUUUAACUGCUUCCAGCUGGAGCUGAGAGGAGACAUCAAAAUCAAGGGCAAAGGAAUGAUGACCACUUAUUGGCUGCUGGGAGAGAACAACAGCCAAUGAGGAAGCAGAUGCAGGGCAGCAGGCAAAGAUGAAGGAAAGAAGAGAGCAGACCUCAUGAGGAAGGAACUAAAGGUUUAAGGAGACAGGGCAGGAGGAUUAGGAAGCUGCAGGUCCGACUGACUCUCCUGUUUGAGCACCUCUUCGUAGCUUCAUUCAGCAGAACUUGACCAGCUUCACGGCACUGAUACGUUCUCCAGCGGCAACAUGAAGAGCAUGAGGUUCAGAUGUUCUCUCUUCAUCCCUCAGCUGAAUCACCAUGAACAUCUGGACCAACCAGCUCCUCUUCAUCUUCAUCAGGUCCUCUCAAGUAAAAACUUCUCUUCUGUGCUGCUCAUCCAGAUCAGGACCAGUUCAUGGCAGCUCUACCAUCAGACUUCUGGUUAUGUUCUGACUUUGUUUUGGGUCAGCUGGGCUGAACCACAGCCUGGAUUUAGUCUACUGUUGUGUUUUAUUUAACACCCAUACAGAUUACUAUUCUUCAUGCUUAUUCCACCUAAAAAUGCUCUGUUUCCGUCUUCUGCUCGUAACUCCUUGAAGUUUUCUCAAAAAAGGCAAACAAAAAUACAUUGAAACACGGUUCAAUCAGGAAAAACAUGCUGUGGCUUCUGGUAGUAAUUCAUCGCAGGCUCGUUAACGAAAAUGGCAAAAACAAAGCUAAAUUUUUCCCUGAGACACGAAUGAAGAUUUAUGAAAUGAGUGUAAACCCAGCUGACUUUUAACCCCUAUGAAUCAGGCACACUCACGUAGAAACUUCAUUCAAAGUUCAAAUGAGUCUUGAAAGAUAAAACUUUUAAAGGCUGAAACAGUGGCUACGUUUACAUGGUGCACUUUUAAUCCGUCGACGUCCAAUCAGAAUAAAAAUGCCUCAUGUCAGCUGA